AUGGACUGGAUGUUGCCGGGGUGCCACCGACGGGAGGGAGGUGGAGGUGGCGUUGGUCGUAGUUGCCCGGCUGCGUGGGGGAAGCUUGUGAGUGAGCAUAUUUACUGGGAUCAAGCUACAGUGCUUGUGCAGAUCGGCCUGCUCGAUCCGAAGUUGUUGCCAGUUAUGGGAGCGGAAUCAGCAAGGAAGGUGCUGGAUAAAGACUCGCUCAAGAAUAACCUCUUAAUUCCUGGGUGGAAGGCGCCGAAAUAA